GACUGACUAACGAGGAUGUGGCCUCUUACACCUCCCAGCCAGAGUGCUCGGGGAAUAUCCCCUUUCAGAUGUCUCCUCAUCUGCUUCCAGCUUGUGAGCAGUUGCUGCAGACCUCGUCACUGUUAUUUUGGGAAGCCUAUAUUCCUGGGAGCUGCAGGCGACCGGGAGUCAGUGCCUGCGGUGAGGAGUAGCGGUGACGGGGUCUUUCUGUCAGGACCACCCCAUCUUCUAGAGAGAGCAGCAAUGGUGUUGAGCUACAGCCCACGAUGGGAACUCAUUGGAGACUCGCUCCUGCGUCGUGAACUGCUGCUGGGCAGUCACCAGAGGUUCCACUCCCAGGAUGCUGCCCGCUGGACGUCUACAGCCCGUGGCCUGAGGUCACCCCGUUGCACUGGCCACUUGGACAUGGAGACUCUGGCCUACCCCAGUUACCACGACUACCAACACCACAUGCUGGUGCAGUUCCCGGUGCUGCACAGGACGUGGAGAAGCUGCCUGGGCAAGGUCACCUUGGAGUCGUUCCAUCGCAGCAGGCUGGGGCUGAAGGAUUACUGGACCAACCCACAGCGGGCUUACAGCAUUGGCUGCCUGUGCCGCAAUACCCGCAAACACGUGCUGGUGUUGCCGGGAAACACUGGCAUCUCUGAUGUGGACUCCACCAUCACACCGGGACUCUGCCAAUACCGGCACAAGCUGAUCUGGAAGUAUCGCUGGCAGAAACUCCGUGAGGAUCACCUGGCCUCAAAACUCCGCGCCUCGUCUCCUUCGAGCAGAGGUGGCGAGUUCCAGUGGCUGCACAGGGCGGCGGUCAGGAGCUGAGCAGCAGCAGGACAGGCUGCGGGAUCUGCAAGCUGCCCACUGCGACGCCCACUGCAUCACUGCAACUGCUCACUGCAUCGCUGCCCGCAGCUCCACUGCUUCCCUCCACAUGAGGCCC